ACAGAAACAACGUCGCUCUUUUUUUCUGUGUGUUCAGUUGGUCAGCUCAGGGUUCCAGUUCUGCCCCUUGACUCCAUGCUGGUAUGUGAUGUACGUUGACGGCCGAGUGCCCUUCUCUAGAACCAAAGUUGUUGAGCAGCAUGGCACACCAUUUAAGGAAAUGAACCCACAAGCCCUGUGAGAUUUUGGUACAGCAAGGCUUCCACACGCAACAAAGUGACAGAGGAACUGGACCAGUUUAGAACUGGACGUUGACCAGUGUCUGCCAAAACAAGGCCAAGCCAGUAGGGUACACCCACUUUAAGGUGAAUGCGAAGGAGGUUUGAAAGGGGGAGUGGCCUGCGGGCAGUUUCCUUCCUGAGAUGUCCCUCAGACAGGCCGACGGGAUGUCCAUUGCCCAGGCGCUGGCCAUGACUGUGGCAGAGAUCCCUGUCUUCCUCUACUCCACGUUUGGACAGUCCAUAUUCUCCCAGUUGAAGCUGAGUCCCAACCUGAAGAAGGUGCUGUUUGCCACAGCUCUGGGCAGCGUGGCUCUGGCGCUCACCGCCCACCAGAUGAAGAGGAGGGGGAGGAAGAGGAAGCAGGUCACGCAGAGCAAAGACGUGCAGAAGAAUGGGGCUGGGAUGCUUGAGAUGCCGAUGAGGACGGGCAGAACCUCGUCGCUUAAGAGAGGUCCGUUUCCUGGUCGUCCAAGCCCGAGCAUGCGCAGUAAUGACACCAUGAGUGGAAUCUCCUCUCUGGCGCCCAGCAAACACUCAAGCUCCUCCCACAGCCUGGCGUCGAUGCGGGCCCCUCUCUCUCCAAACCAUUCAGUGACCCCGGCGGCGCCGUGGGACGCGGAGCCCGUAGCGGAGGAGACCGGCUCAGCGGAGGACGCCAACGCAGAGAACCUGUACAUUAUGGGCAUGGAGCUGUUUGAGGAGGCCCUUCAGAAGUGGGAGCUGGCCCUGAACAUUCGCCACCACAGCCGCUCCUCCUCCAGUAACAGCCUGGCCCUGCAGGGGGCGGCGGCGUGCGCGGAGGUUCCUUUGCUUCAGGCCGAGGCCCGCCACAAAGGCUUUGCAGAGAAGUUGGAGACCCUCCUCCACCGGGCGUACCACCUGCAGGAGGACUUCGGCAGCUCCAUCCCUCCAGACAGCCUCCUGGCUGACUUCGAAAGCGAAGGUACCCUGAUCCUGCCUCGAAUCGAGAGCUCUCAGAGACAGGGUGAGGACGACACCACCACCAUCACCUCUGAUGACUCCUUCUUCUCGGCCGCAGAGCUGUUCGAUGCCAUGUCCCUGGAGGAGGCGUACCAGCCCGUGAAGCAGGCUGCUCUCUAUGAAGAGGCGCUGGGUCUAGUGCGGGAGGACAAGGUCAUCUUCCGCUCCCUCCGAACUGAACUACUGGAGUGUUACGGUGACCAAGACUUCCUCGCAAAACUUCAUUGUGUGAGGCAAGCAUUCCAGGUUCUUCUAUUGGAUGGAACUCAACGCACGUUCUUCAUGGAGACGGGGAAACAGAUGAUCGCAGGCCUGAUGGUAAAAGCCAACAAGAGUCCAAAAGGUUUCCUGGAGAGCUACCAGGACAUGCUGCUGUACACCCAGAGAGAGGACACGUGGCCCAUCACCAAGAUGGAGCUGGAGGGCCGAGGGGUGGUGUGCAUGAACUUCUUUGACAUCGUGCUGGACUUCAUCCUGAUGGACGCCUUCGAGGACCUGGAGGAGCCGCCGUCCUCUGUGGUGGCCGUGCUGAGGAACCGCUGGCUCUCCGAGAGCUUCAAGGAGACGGCGCUGGCUACCGCUUGCUGGUCCGUCCUCAAAGCCAAGCGGCGGCUACUCAUGGUUCCUGACGGCUUCAUCUCUCACUUCUACGCCAUAUCGGAGCACGUGAGCCCGGUCCUCGCCUUCGGGUUCCUGGGGCCGAGGCAGCAGCUCAGAGAAGUGUGCACCAUUUUCAAGCAACAAAUUGUGCAGUACCUGAAGGACAUGUUUGACCACGACAAGGUGCGCUUUACCUCCGCCCCGUGCCUGGCCCAGGACAUCCUGAGCCUCUCCCACCGCCGCAGCGACAUCCUGCUGGGGUACCUCGGCAUCGACGGCCUCCAGGAGCUCAACGGAGCGCUGCCCGCCACAGACAGCUCCCCAGGGUCCUAGAGCCCGCCCGGUGGGGCCAGUGCACGCUGGGCCGCUACAUGUACAUAGGACUGAGGCUUUGAGAAGAAAAGAAAGAAAUGGACAACAGGCUGCUGUUUGUACAACGUCGUUUUAAUCCAAACUGAUGCAUCCGACUAUAGACCAAACCCGUCCCCCGGGUUUGGUUACGGUCAUACUGUAAUAAAAGAAAGAGCCGUAAAAAAGGUUAUAAAUAAGAGAACGAUGAAGAUGAGGAGCCUGGACGUGCUGCACGGUGUCCAUGUUUCAUCACAAACUGUUUAUCAACAAGGAAGUCCCAAAAAUCGGUGUUUGAUUGAUUUAGAUUGUAUCUGAAACCUCUGAUCCUCAGUGGUCACCCUACCCCACUGCCAGAGCACUAUUUACAUUGCAUCAAGUGUAUGCUGUAUACCCCCCCUGUGUCACAACUGGUGGCUUGUCCGUCACACCUCUAGUUCGAUCAGCGACCUGAAUGUUAUUUAGUAUUUAUUCCAUUUCCCCUUGUGUUUAAGGGACACAUUUGUCCGUGGAGAAGUUCUAUAUUUGUAAUAAAGGCUUCGUCCUUGGUAAAAAUGUUUUUGAUAAUUUCCAAGUCAAUCAAACUUCAAUCAUUGAUAUUUAAACUGAUUAACUGUUAUAAUAUAUUGCAGCAAUGGAAAAACAUAAACCAAGUUGUUAAGGAAAAUAUAUGAUUGAAAUGUUUUUUUUCCAUAAAAGAAUCACUCACUAACUGAUUUUAUUCCA